CUCCGUGGCCCCCUACCUAGGAGCCAGACCUCCUGUUGGCCGUUUCCAGGGCGCAGUGCGGUGUCGGAACAGACGGGGUGGCCAGCCCGCGUCCCGGGGAUUCUUUCCCUGCUGGGAGUAUCCUGGCGAGGCAGGGGGAGCUAUGCAGAAAUGCCGGCGCUGCCCUGGCUCCUCGUCGUCGUUCUCUGCCAGUAUGGCGGCCUGGCGUGUCCUGAGGGCUGCCGCUGCCCGCUGGAGAGCAGGGUGGUGAGAUGCACCCACGGGCAGCUGAGGGAGAUCCCCCAGGGCAUCCCCCGCGACACCCGCGUGCUCUACCUGGACGCCAACGAGAUCACCGGCCUCCCGGACGGCACCUUGCGGGAGCUGCGCCAGCUGCGAGAACUCUACCUCUCGGACAACCUGAUCGAGAACAUCUCCCCAGCCGCCUUCGGGGAGCUGGGCAGCCGUUUGCAGCUGCUGGACCUCUCCAAUAACCGGCUCCAGCAGCUGGGCCCCGCCGAAGCCGCCUCCACCCUGCGGGCCAAGAUGCGCCUCUACGGCAACCCGUGGCACUGCGGCUGCUCCCUGCAGGAGCUGCUGGAGGCCCUGCCCCUGGAGGCCGAGACGCUGGAGGACGUGGUGUGCUCCAGCGCGGCCCGGGAGGAGUACGUCGGCCAGCCCUUCGCCCUCCUGCUCAACACCGGCAUCGACUUCUGCAGUGUCCAGCAGAGGACCACGGACGUGGCCAUGCUGGUCACCAUGUUCUGCUGGUUUACGGUGCUCAUCGCCUAUGUGGUCUACUACGUUCAGCGGAACCAGGCCGAAACCCGCAGGCACCUGGAGUAUCUCAAGUCCCUGCCCAUCAAGCAGCCGAGUCCAGAGGAGGAGGAGGAGGAGAUGGAGGAAGACACGCUCAGUACCAUCCUCUGA